AUGGUAGCCCAUGGUUCAGCUUCCUCCAAUGUCGGCUCGCGACAACUCUACGAGGCCGACGACCAGCGUGUUGAUUCCAGAGACGAAAUCUUGGGGAGAGAGAGGUUCAAGGAGGGCCAGACUAAUAGCCACAAGCCCAAUGAUUCCAAGGACGAAAGGUCAAUCGCCAACCGCCUAGGUCGCGAAGAACAACGGAACCGGAAGAAUGAAGAACCUGUGAACCCGGAGGCGGAACUGAGCAAGAAAGAUCCAACGCUACCGGCCCAGCUGCAUGGCAACAACCCCUCCAAGGGCGCACAGGUCGAUGCCGAAUUGAAAGCAGAUGAUAAGAAGAGACUCUGGGAGAAGGGUAUCAAAUAG